AUGCCCAAGAAUAAAGGUAAAAGAGGUAAAUUAGAUGCAGAGGUAAGAAUGAGAAUUCAUCUAAAGAAAAGAGAGCUGGCGCUCAAAGAGGAUGGACAAGAGUAUGCUCAAGAUAACAAAGCUGGUGUAAUUUUAAAACCCAAUCAGGAUGAAGCUAUAAGUGUGAAGGCCUAUGGUGAGCUUCCAGAACAUGCUAAAUUUAAGGAAACUGAUACAUUUGGUCCUGGAGAUGAUGAUGGAAUUCAGUUUGAUGAUAUUGGAAAUGAUGAAGAAGACAUUGAUGAUAUCUAA